GUGAGAAGAGACAUAUUUCGACAAGUCGUCACCACAACGUUAUUUGCAUCUCUUUGAGACUCGAAGUCCUGUCACCCAUUCGCUUUUCCUCACUCUGCUACCAAAAGACUAUUUACUUUGAUUCCGAUAGUGUCUGCCCCGCUACCCCCGCUUUUCCAGAUGGACAUCGAUCUGAGCAGAAGGAAUAAAAAGCCCCGCCCUUUGCUAGAAUCUGAACGGGAGAGACUAGAGGAGUUCAUUGAUUCUAUCCAUUAUUCAGCUAGAUACUCAGAUGACCAGUUCGAAUACCGCCAUGUCCAACUUCCCAAAAACAUGCUCAAGAAAAUCCCUGCAGACUAUUUUGACAGUUCAAAGGGAACGCUAAAACUACUGUGGGAGGAUGAAUGGCGAGCACUUGGUAUCACACAAAGCUUGGGUUGGGAACAUUAUGAAGUGCACGAGCCAGAACCACAUAUUCUUCUAUUUAAGCGCCCCUUGAAUUAUCAGCCGCCAGUAUCACAGUAACUCGUCAGCUGGAACAUUCCCGAUGCCAACCUUGCCCCCGUCGCCUCAGAAACACCAAUACGAUAUUCGAAAACUACAGUCACUGAUAGUGGAGCUACGCAUGCAAGAAGGCCCAUAUGAUUAGAUUGCAUUCAGAAAUCUCAUCCUGUUGAGAUAUGCUCCUUGCUACCAAAGAAUGCCCACAAUUAUCAUCUGAACUUGAAUACCUCCUGUUAUCAUACCAC